AUGAAAAUAUUUGUCACGGGAGCUUCUGGUUUCAUUGGCUUUCCCGUCGUUUCUGAUUUAAUUCAGGCAGGUCAUCAGGUUGCGGCAUUAGCGAGAUCUGAAGAGUCUGCAAGAAAAAUUCUUUCAUUAGACCCCAAAAUUGAUAUAGUUCGUGGUAAUCUUGAAGAUUUGGAUACACUUAGCAAGGCUGCUGCAAAUUCUGAUGGUGUGAUACAUUUAGGUUUCAUACAUGAGUUCGACCGAUAUGACGAGUGUUGCGAGAUUGAUCGCAUUGCGAACCUCGCCAUGUUAAAAGCAAUUGAAGGCACUAAUAAACCUUUUAUUUAUGCCAAUGGCACAUUUAUGUUACCUGACGGAAAGAUCUCCGAUGAGGAGCAGAGGAGGGAUCCUAGCGUCCAUAAUCUACGUGGCGAAACUGAGGAGAUUGUCUUGGCACAUAAAGACAAGGGGGUCCGAGCAAUGGUCAUAAGAUUAGCUGCUACAGUCCACGGGAAAGGAGAGCAGGCGUUCAUCCCAAUUCUUAUCGAAAUUGCCAAAAGUAGAAAGGUGUCUGGAUAUAUUGGAACGGGCCAAAAUGUGUGGCCCGCGGUCCAUCGCUUAGAUGCUGCCCGUCUAUUUAAUCUGGCUUUGAUACGAGGAAGUGCUGGUAGCGUUUACCACGGUGUUGCUGAACAAGGUGUGAAGAUUAGAGAUAUUGCUCAAGCAAUUGGAGCUUCCCUCAACUUACCGGUGGUUCCAAUCGAUCCAGAAGAAGCAUCAACUCAUUUCGGCUCGUUAGCAGCCUUCUUGGUAAGAGAUACUCCACUUUCAAGUGAAAAGACUCGGGCUCAACUAGGCUGGGAACCGAGGGAACUGAACCUUUUGGAUGAUAUGCGGCUCAAUUAUUUUUAA